AUGGCUGCCGAGGAUCUAGACCCGUCGCGCGUGGCCGCCACCAUCGCGUCCGUGCUACUCGGCAUCGAGGCGAGCGCACGCGCAAGCCAGACACCGCAGUCGCGGCCGCUGCCGCCAACGCAGCCACCACUGCUGCCGCCAGAGGUGCUGUCGCUCUCCGUCGAGCUGGUUAUGCUCACAGAGAGCCAGCCCGACCUUGCCGCCUCGGCAUUGCUCCUUUCGUUGGGCGACGACGGCGUCGACCCGGGCCUGAUUCGGGCGGCGCUGGACCGUCGCGAGGAGACGCUGCGGCGCAGUCUCUCGCUCGAGGAGAAUGCAGCGAUGGGCACUUGGGCAACCGUCUUUGAGCGGCUGCCUCUGCGCGGAGACAUCGUGCCCGUCUGGUCGCACACCGACGAGACGGGCACCUACGCGUGCAUCCGCCUAAAGCUGAAGCCCGCGCUGGUGCUACUCGGCCUCGAGCCCGCGCAGCGUGGCGAGCUGCAGCAUGUCUGGCCGAUCGCAGAGUGCCUCGCCAAAGCUGCGCAUUACAACUACGCGGAUCUGGUCACGCGCGUGCUCGCAUCCUCGCCGCAUCUGCUCGACUACCACGUCGAGCUGGGCUUGCCGCAGCGGGGCGCGUACGAUUGCGCGCCCAUUGGAUUCGCGUGCAUGGCACCGCUGAGCGAGGCGCAGGCGCGCACCGUCCAGGCCAUCCUGGCCGCGGUGCAGAGGCGUGCGCUGCAACACGGAGUGGAGCCCUUCCACAAAUUCAGUCCGGGGCUGGACCACGGGCUCUACUCGGCAGAGUUCAACGCGCUCCAGCAGUGCUUGAAGUGCGGCAACGCCGGCUGCGCACGGCUGUUGCUCGACGCCGGAGUGCCGGCGGACGGCGUCGACCCCGACCUCGCCGCCGCGCUCGACCGGCUGCAGCUGGGGGAGCGCCCUUCCCACCCCCACAUUACCGACGACCUCGUGGCCGAGGCGAUGGGGGUCUUUGGCGGCAACCACGCCAUGGCUCUUGGCUAUCUCGUCGGCAGGCUCCGCCUCGAGGACAGGCCCCCGCACGGUGGAUGGGCGGCGCUGGACCCUGGCGGCGUCAAGGCAAAGGCGCUGCGAGACAAGCACACGGCCGACGCGCAGAUCCGAGACUUGCGCAGCCAGAUGCUCUUUGCCGAGUCGACACGGCUGCGCGAGGAGCUGCUCCGCGAGCAGCGUGAUUGCGCGCAGAGGCGGGGCAACCUCCUGCUGGCGUUCGUGUGCAACCCCGACCACCCAAACCACCUCGACGACGCGCUUCCGCAGGCGCUCAACGACGCGCUCGCCGCCUCGCACGCCGUCCCCGCUUCGAUCAUCGGCGGCACGGCCUUCUCCUUCCGCAAGGACAAGUCCCAGCCCGUCCACUACAAGGUGCUGAAGAGGCGACAGGAGGCGCAGGCCGCCGACCGCGACUGCACCUUCGAGAGGCUCGAGGCCGAGCUGGCGGAGCGCAGCGCGCGGGGGAGGUCGCCUUGCUACUUCCUCUUCUCGGGCCACGCCAACUUGCACGACGAGGGCCGGCCAAAGCGGCUCGGCUUCACCGACUCGGAGGGCAACCUCGCACCGGCGGACAAUGACCAGGUGGCGGCGCUGCUGGGCGAGCAUGCGCGCACCCACCCGGGCUCGAGCGGCACGAUCGAGCUUGUCGUGCUCAACGGCUGCGGCUCGUUGGAUCUCGGGCUCAAGUGCCGCAGCCGCGGCGUGCCGGUGGUCGUCUGCUGGGAGACGGACGUGCAGGAUGAGGCGGCCUACCUCUUCGUGCGCGGCUUUUUCCGCAGCCUCGCCGAGAGCCGGGACUUUGAAGUCGCAUUCCGCGCCGGCAAGGCCGCUGUCCGGAGCAAGACGCGACUCGUCCUCGAGGGUGCUCGCACGAGGACGGAAUACUUUUGGGGGCUCGGGCUUGGCGCACAGCUUGUCUCGCUCAAGUUCGGGCUGCUCGCGGCGCUGCUCAAGGGCCACGUCUACCACCUGCCGACCUCCCACUACACCAACCCGGUCGCCUGCCCCUCUCGCUCGUUCGACUGCUACUUUGAGCCCGCCUCCAACUGCACGCUGGCGACGCACCGCAAGGUCAUCCAGGUCGGCAUCCGUUGGUGCACUGACGUGCCCGAGGGUCGUCUGGGCAGCCUGGCCGGCCUCGCUGAGCCGCAUCCGAAGGAGUGGUUCCACGCGCAGCUGACGGCCUUCCUCUUCCGCCCAAGCGUGGCGAUGCGCUCCCUCCUCGUCGAGCUCUCGGGCUCACUCACCACCUCGGACCCGCUCUCAAACGCUUCGCGUACCGUCGCAGAGGCCGCGAGGGGCGAGGUGCCGACCGUGCUGUCCAGCGUGGACCCCGCCUUCGGGCAGCUCGCGGAGAGGGCGGUGGGCAAGCUAAAUGGCAAGGGCAAGGGCAAGGGCAAGGGAAGGGGGGCGCGGCGGCUGCAGGAGGCGGCGGGCGGCGGCGGCGGCGGCGGCGGCGGGGUCGCCGUUUUUGACCCGGCCCGCUGCGUCGCCGUGCACGUCCGCCGCACAGACAAGUUCAAGACGCGGCGGCGAGAGGACCGGCUGCCUCCCAAGUCGUUUCCAGAGUACGCGCAGCUGUACCGCGGCUGGGCGUACUGGCGGCAGACCAGGCCGCCCGCCGAGCUGCAGCUGCUCGUCGGAUCGGAGGACAAGCACACGUACUCCCUCUUCCCGCCUCUGGUCGCGCCGUCCGUCUCGUACUGGGUGCCGCCUCGCUUCUUCGUGAUGGACAUGUCCGAAGGCAAGACCUUCAAGUCGAUCAACCAGGGCAACUCGCGCCUCGAGCAGGCCAUCUCCCCAGACGAGGGGAUGGUGCUCGUGGCGCAGAUGAUUCUGAUGGGACGCUGCGCCGCCUUCAUCGGCAGCUGCACCUCGUGCGGGCGGGCGCGCGGCGCGUGA